UCCUGCUCGGAGGACAAAAGCCAAGGAAGUGGGAAGGAAGUGAUCCAGGGCUAAUAGCUGCCAUCAAAACAAAACCCAAACGCAGACCUGGCUGCCCCCAUGCCUAUCGAAUUUGUUUGCAAAAUCAAAUUUGCAGAGGAGGAUGAGAAGCAGAAAGCCAAGCAGGAUGGGGACAAGGAGAGCCUGAUCGAGGAGAGCUGCACACCUCCGGCCAAGGACUUGGCUGGAUUUGCCAACUCCUGCUCCCUACACGGGAUUAACCACAUCUUUGUCUCUGGUCGCCUGGGCAUCCGGCAGACCCUCUGGGCUGUUGCCUUUUUGGCUUCGCUGGCGCUCUUUCUCUACCAAGCAGCUAAGUGUGCCAUCUCUUACCUGGAGCACCCUCAUGUCACGGCUCUGAACGAAGAGGCGACCCCUGAGAUGGUUUUCCCCGCUGUGACCAUCUGCAACAUCAAUCGCUUUCGCUUCUCCGCGCUCACCGAUGCCGACAUCUACCACCUGGCUAACUUGACAGGUCUGCCACCCAAAAACAAGGAUGGGCACAAACCUACAGAUUUGGUGUACCCUGCCCCUGACAUGCAGGACAUCUUCAACAGGACAGGGCACCAGUUAGAAGAAAUGCUCAUGAGCUGCAAUUUCAGUGGACAGAACUGCUCAGUGGAGGACUUCUCUGUGGUUUACACCAGAUACGGGAAAUGCUACACUUUCAAUGGCAACAAGACGACGUCCAAGAAAACCAAGCAGGGCGGGAUGGGAAAUGGGCUGGAGAUCAUGUUGGAUAUCCAGCAGGAUGAAUAUCUGCCCAUCUGGAGAGAGACAAAUGAGACGUCCCUGGAGGCCGGCAUCCGCGUUCAAAUCCACAGUCAGGACGAGCCUCCCUACAUCCACCAGCUGGGCUUCGGCGUCUCUCCGGGCUUCCAGACCUUUGUUUCAUGUCAGGAGCAAAGGCUGACCUACCUGCCCCAGCCCUGGGGGAACUGCCGCUCCACCAGCAAGGAGAAGUUCCCGGGAUACGACACGUACAGCAUCAGCGCCUGCCGCCUCCUCUGCGAGACCAAGACGGUGCUGGAACAGUGCAAGUGCAGGAUGGUGCACAUGCCCGGAACUGCAGAUAUCUGCCCUCCCAGUAAAAUCAACUGUGUUGACAAAGCGCUCGCGCUGCUACAGAAGAACAGCGGGGAUAACUGUACAUGCGAGACGCCCUGUAAUCUGACACGCUACGGCAAAGAGCUCUCCAUGGUCAAAAUCCCCAGCAAGGGCUCGGCUCGCUACCUCUCCAGGAAAUACGACAAGUCAGAGGACUACAUCAGAGACAACUUCCUGGUCUUAGAUAUCUUCUUUGAAGCACUAAACUACGAAACAAUCGAGCAAAAGAAGGCCUACGACGUUGCUGGUUUAUUAGGUGACAUCGGCGGCCAGAUGGGCUUAUUCAUCGGCGCCAGCAUCCUGACAGUCUUAGAAAUACUGGAUUAUAUCUAUGAGGUGAUCAAGCACCGGCUACAGCGCCUACUGAGGCCGCAGAAAGACGAGAAGAAGAACAAGCAACAAACCAGCACCGUUGCAACUGUGGGUCUGGAGGAAAUGAAAGCAACGCAGGAGCCCAACGACAUGACGAGGAGUCACCCGGAGGGGCCGUACAGCAACACGAUCCUCCCCAACCACCACCACCACCACGCCGGGCACCACGGGGUGUUCGAGGACUUCGCUUGCUAGAGCCGGGCCGUCAUUUCCAGUCCUGAUGACAGCAAAAGAUACAAGCUGUCUGUGCUGAGACGAGGAUCAGAGCCGCUCGGCACCUCGGCUGGACCCUCCUUUGCUGUCACCAGUGAAAAGCUACAGCCAAAGUCGAACACCAAACGUGUGCUGCUAACAGACCACUUGUACGUACAGUAUGUAGGCACAAAUUGGACACCACAUAUUUUGGGAGCCCCUCCCGACUCUGCUCCGCUCCAAGCGAGAGGCUGGGCACUUCUUUACGAUUUCAGGACCAAUCGAUUUUUGGUACAUGGUCACCACAUGGGAACAAGAAAAAGGACUGCAUGUCAUCUUGAUCCAGUUUCUACUCCAAAAAGAGACGGAUUUUAUUUAUUUAUUUGGUUUUCAUUUGUCUGUUUUCUGUCCGUACUCCUCCUCAAACUCUUCAUUCUUGGAUAAACACACUGUACCAUAUCGGCCCAUUACACCAUCGUAACUUAUGUAAUUAUUUAAAGAGAUAUUAUGAUUACCGUUCUAUAUUGUAUACAAGAUGAGAAUAUAUCAGAGAGCAAACCAUACUCGUAUUGCAUCAGUCCAAAAUAUGAGGGGAAAUAAUGAAUUAUGUAGGCUGAAUCGUAUUACCUUGGCUUAGAAGAUCUAGCAGCAUCCUUCCACAUGGUACACAUUGUCUGGUUUGUGGUUAAGGUGUUAGAGAGUAGCGUUAUACUUGUACAUAAAAAUCCAACUCUGAAAACAAGGGCGUUCUGAGGUUCAGUUGCAAUGGUCGUUUAUGUUCAAUUAAUAUAUAACUUCUGUAAUACUCAUUUUAGUAAUUAAUUUAUACAUUUUAGAAAAAGAUGUUUAUAUAACAAUAACAGUCAUGAUUGUAGCAACUACUGUACACUUACAAUCUGCGGAUAAGCUGUCACACUGCUGAGGGAACUUCAGACCAGGUAACAAAAAUGCACCAUAUGGAUGAUGAAUAUUAUCUCCGUCUUUAUUUUUCACAGUUACCAAUGUUUACAGUUACCUAAAACUCCGGGUCCUCUGGGUCUUCACAUAGAAGUGAACAUACAGUAUAUUCAGUUCAUAUCGGGCCUGUUUGUUAUAUGGUUGUGGUGAUAUGAUUAUUAAUUCAAAAUCAGUUUGUUGCUUGCCAACACCAACCGGUUAAUUUGCAGCGUUUUAACUCCCUGGUAUCUCUUCUUUGAGCCGACAUAAGCAAUAAGAGACAGAGUUUUAUUUUUUGCCAAGUCAUCUCCUUGAAUUGUGAGCCAGUGCUGCUUUAAAGGUUAGCAGCUCUUCACAGCUCAGGCCUCGCAUCAGUGUUUGUGUGUGUGUGUGUGUGUGUGUGUGUGUGUGUGUGUGUGUGUGUGUGUGUGUGUGUGUGCACUUUACGAUCACAUCUGACUGAUGCAGUUUAUUUGAGCUGAUGUGUGAAAAGGCAGGGGUUUGACAGUGGGGAUAGUUAGCCAGGAGAGGAGUUUUGCUCCAAAUGAGAGGUUUUUUGUCCGCUGGAUGUACAGCUACAGUAUCAGACUGGAGUUUUAGGUUUACCAACACUGCACUGGAGGCAGAAAAUAAUCUAACUGGUUGAUUUAAAUAUCAGUGGGUGAAGCCAAACCUAUUUUUCCCCCUCAGCUUAAACCAGCUGGCAAAAUUUGAUGAGAAAAUACA